AAGCUCGGGAAGUCUCCUGGCGUCGGCGCAAGGGCCGCCGGGAAAACCACUGAGAGGCCACCGGGAAACCAUUGAGAAGCCCGGAGGACCGGCCUGAGCGGAGGCGGGGACUAGAGCGGCCGCCGGCACGACCCGCCUUCAGGCGUACGACGACCGCGGCCCGGGGGCUCUGAGUGGCCAAAGCGGCGGCACUUUCUGCGUGGCCCCGGAAGGACAUAGAGCGGAAGGCGGGAGAAAGAAGUAGCCGGCAGGCGGAGGCAGCCCGAGGGGGCGGUUGCGUGUGUGCCAGACGUUCGUAGCCCACUGAGCUUCCUCACGCCGGCUCUCGCAGCGCCUAGCCCACCCGGCGGCCUCUCCUGCGCUUCCGGGGCAGUGGCGAGCUAGUGCGCCUGCGUGCCGGUCCAUCCGCGCGCCUUGCAGCUGUCCUUGCGUCGGCCAGCGGCCAGACAGUUCCUGCAGCGCUUACCGCCUGGCCUCUCGGUUCCGCGGCGCACCGGAGGGCAGCAUGUCGCGGCGGCGGCACAGCGACGAGAACGACGGUGGGCAGCCUCACAAAAGGAGAAAGACCUCUGAUGCAAAUGAAACUGAAGAUCAUUUGGAAUCUUUAAUAUGCAAAGUAGGAGAAAAGAGUGCCUGCUCUUUGGAGAGCAACCUAGAAGGCUUGGCUGGUGUUUUGGAAGCUGAUCUUCCUAACUACAAGAGCAAGAUCUUAAGGCUUCUUUGUACAGUUGCACGCCUAUUACCUGAGAAGCUGACAAUUUAUACAACAUUAGUUGGACUACUGAAUGCCAGGAAUUACAAUUUUGGUGGAGAAUUUGUAGAAGCCAUGAUUCGUCAACUUAAAGAAUCAUUGAAAGCAAACAAUUAUAAUGAAGCCGUGUAUUUGGUCCGUUUUUUAUCUGAUCUUGUGAAUUGUCAUGUGAUUGCCGCCCCAUCAAUGGUUGCUAUGUUUGAAAAUUUUGUAAGCGUAACUCAGGAAGAAGAUGUACCUCAGGUGCGACGAGAUUGGUAUGUGUAUGCAUUUCUGUCAUCUUUGCCCUGGGUUGGAAAGGAGUUGUACGAAAAGAAAGAUGCAGAGAUGGACCGCAUCUUUGCCAACACUGAAAGCUAUCUUAAAAGACGCCAAAAGACUCAUGUACCCAUGUUACAGGUAUGGACUGCUGAUAAACCACAUCCACAAGAAGAGUAUUUAGAUUGCCUGUGGGCCCAGAUUCAGAAAUUGAAAAAGGAUCGCUGGCAGGAACGGCACAUCCUAAGACCUUAUCUUGCCUUUGACAGCAUCCUGUGUGAAGCACUGCAGCACAAUCUGCCUCCUUUUACACCACCUCCUCACACUGAAGAUUCAGUGUACCCAAUGCCCAGGGUCAUCUUCAGAAUGUUUGAUUACACAGAUGAUCCCGAGGGUCCUGUCAUGCCAGGGAGUCAUUCAGUGGAAAGAUUUGUAAUAGAAGAGAAUCUUCACUGCAUCAUUAAGUCCCACUGGAAGGAAAGGAAGACUUGUGCUGCACAGUUAGUGAGCUAUCCAGGGAAGAACAAGAUCCCCUUGAACUACCACAUAGUUGAGGUGAUCUUUGCAGAGCUGUUUCAACUUCCAGCACCCCCUCACAUUGAUGUGAUGUACACAACACUCCUCAUUGAACUGUGCAAACUUCAACCUGGCUCUCUACCCCAAGUUCUUGCACAGGCAACUGAAAUGCUAUACAUGCGUUUGGACACAAUGAACACUACCUGUGUAGACAGGUUUAUUAAUUGGUUUUCUCAUCAUCUAAGUAACUUCCAGUUCCGUUGGAGCUGGGAAGAUUGGUCAGAUUGUCUUAGUCAAGAUCCUGAAAGUCCCAAACCAAAGUUUGUAAGAGAAGUUCUAGAAAAAUGUAUGAGGUUGUCUUACCAUCAGCGUAUAUUAGAUAUUGUUCCUCCUACCUUCUCAGCUCUAUGUCCUGCAAACCCAACCUGCAUUUACAAGUAUGGAGAUGAAAGUAGCAAUUCUCUUCCUGGACAUUCUGUUGCCCUCUGUUUAGCUGUUGCCUUUAAAAGUAAGGCAACCAAUGAUGAAAUCUUCAGCAUUCUGAAAGAUGUACCAAAUCCUAACCAGGAUGAUGACGACGAUGAAGGAUUCAGUUUUAACCCAUUGAAAAUAGAAGUCUUUGUACAGACUCUGCUACACUUGGCAGCCAAAUCAUUCAGCCACUCCUUCAGUGCUCUUGCAAAGUUUCAUGAAGUCUUCAAAACCCUAGCUGAAAGUGAUGAAGGAAAGUUACAUGUGCUAAGAGUUAUGUUUGAGGUCUGGAGGAACCAUCCACAGAUGAUUGCUGUACUAGUGGAUAAGAUGAUUCGUACACAAAUAGUUGAUUGUGCUGCCGUAGCAAAUUGGAUCUUCUCUUCAGAACUAUCUCGUGACUUUACCAGAUUGUUUGUUUGGGAAAUUUUGCACUCUACAAUUCGUAAGAUGAACAAACAUGUCCUGAAGAUCCAGAAAGAGCUGGAAGAAGCUAAAGAGAAACUUGCUAGGCAACACAAACGGCGAAGUGAUGAUGAUGACAGAAGCAGUGACAGGAAAGACGGGGUUCUUGAGGAACAAAUAGAACGACUUCAGGAAAAAGUGGAAUCUGCUCAGAGUGAACAAAAGAAUCUUUUCCUCGUUAUAUUUCAGCGGUUUAUCAUGAUCUUGACCGAGCACCUAGUACGAUGCGAAACUGAUGGGACCAGUGUAUUAACACCAUGGUAUAAGAACUGUAUAGAGAGGCUGCAGCAGAUCUUCCUACAGCAUCACCAAAUAAUCCAGCAGUACAUGGUGACCCUGGAGAACCUUCUCUUCACUGCUGAAUUAGACCCUCAUAUCUUGGCCGUGUUCCAGCAGUUCUGUGCCCUGCAGGCCUAAGGGUCAUUUUUUCCUCAUGUCAAGGUUUUUUUUGAUAUCUUAAAAUAAUUUGUCUUAUUUUUUGAUGGUUUGAAUGCUUGCUUUCUUGUAGUAUCCUUUCACUUCUUAAAGGAAACAAAGGGGAAGAGGACAGUGAAUGAACAUGGCAUUACUUUUAAUUGCCUAACGGCAGUAAUGUGACUAUGACCAUGAUAUAUUAUAUAUGUGACAGAUACAACUUCUCUGUGAUCAGUUUGUUAUUUUUUUUCUCCUUAAGGCACAAAAUAAUUGGUUUGAGGUAUGUGAAACACUAGAGGUCAACCUUACAUAAUAUAUAGAACUGAUGGGUUUACCCAGCUACCCAGUAGCAUAACUUUUCACAGCUCGGGGAUGAAUUAACAUGGCUGAAAUAAAACUAAAAGUAUGGUUUUUAAACUUUGGCAUUUCAUGAUUUAUCAUCUCACUCUACUCUAAAACUGGUGGUUUCUUACUGAAGGUGUUCUCCAUUUGAAAUUUUAUCUUCAAAGUAUUUUUAAGUAGUAUCUUUAAGACACGACUUGUUAGUAAUAAAAGUGUUACUAGUUGGAAGAGUAGUUCUUAAAUUUGUCUUAAUGUAAAUCACCUGGGAAUCUUUCAAGUUAUUUUGAAAUUUAAACCACCGUCUGGGGGUGGAACGCAGACAUCCUCAGUAAUCCUUAAAGUUUCCCCAGGUGAUUCCAGGUUUGGUCACCAUUAUCUUAGAGCAUCUACUCACUUCCUCUAGCCUUGGGGUUAUUUGUCCAAGGUCUUGUAGUGAGUUACAGAAUACUAAAGUGGAUGUAGAAGUGGUCAGAUUGACUGAAACUAUACCCUGAAUUAGAUGUGAGUUUAGAUUUUGUUUAUAUGGAACCUGAUCCAAAAAACUAUGAAGUCCUGAGCUUGUUUCCUGUAUAGUAUUGAUGCUGAAAUAAGAUGACAGCAGUUUGUAAAAUAAUACACAAAUAUGAGGAAUUGUCUGACAUUCCAAAUUUCGAGGAUUUUUAGACUUUUUUCAUUAAACCUUAGAAAAAAAUUACCAGUAAUCCUACAACUACUGGUAGUGUUGUUGUGCAUUUGCACAAAAUAGGUAUAAUUUUUUCUUAUUACAUCCCAAGUUUAUGAUGCAUUAAGCGUUUUGCAUAUUUUGAUAUAUUUUCGCUUUGGUUUACCAUACAUUUUAGUGGCUACAGAAUGUAGUCUGCUUAAUAAAUGGGAAUUCCUAGAAUGUUUAAAUACCAUACUAUUUAAGACAAAAUACAAAAUAUCCAGAAAAAUCCAGGUUGCGUGGCUGGUUACUAAAGGACUAAAACCCAGGUUCUUGGCUAAAUAUUUUUGUUUAUACUGUUUAUCUUUCCCAUUGCUUAAGCACAGCACAAACUAUGUAAUUAUAUAUAAUUACAGUUGACCCUUGAACAACAUGGGUUUGAACUGUGUGAGUCUCCUUACACACAGGUUUUCUUCCACCCCUGAGAUGGCAAGACCAGCCCCUUGUCUUCCUCAGCCUGCUCAACGUGAAGAUGAUGAGGAUGAAGACCUUUAUGAUGAUCCACUUCUACUUAUUAAAUAGUAAAUAUAUUUUUUUCUUAUGAUUUUAUUUUCUUUUCUCUAGCUUCAUAAGAAUAUAGCAUAUGGGCUGGGCGCAGUGGCUCACGCCUGUAAUCCCAGCACUUUGGGAGGCUGAGGCGGGCAGAUCACAAGGACAGGAGAUUGAGACCAUCCUGGCUAACACAGUGAAACCCUGUCUCUACUAAAAACACAAAAACUUAGCCAGGCGUGGAAGGUACAUGGCUGUAGUCCCAGCUACUCGGGAGGCUGAGACAGGAGAAUUGCUUGAACCCGGGAGGUGGAGGUUUCAGUGAGCCAAGAUUGUGCCACUGCACUCCAGCCUGGGCGAUGGAGCAAGGCUCUGUCUCAAAAAAGAAGAAAAAAAAUAUAUAGCAUAUGACAUACAAAAUGAGUUAAUCAACUGUUUGUUAUUGGUAAGUCAGCAGUGGGCUAUUGGUGGUUAAGUUUUGGGGGAGUCAAAAGUUAUAUGCAAAUUUUUUACUGUGCGGGGUGUCAGCAUCCCUAACCCCAUGUUGUUCAAGGGUCAACUGUAGUUUAAAAUGACUCCUGUCUCAAAAAACCAAAGGAUAACCUUUAAGGGAUUGGUAACUUUGACUCGAAACUGCUUUGUAAUCUUUUCACAAUGUACUGAAAAGUGUGGCUAGUUAUGUUUGAACCACAUUCUAGAGAAAUUUGUAGGUUUUAAUUUCUUUUCUCUUGGUCCUCUCUUCAUGUAUAAUGGUUGCUUUUAACAGCUGUUCGCUGAUGUGGCCCUGCUCUGUCCCAGUCUAGCAGCUUUAGUGUAUGGAAAAAUUGAACUAGGAAUUGAGUUUUGAAGAAAUAAAGGUGUAAGAGCAAACAUUCAACAACAGUUGCUGUCCCCAGUAAUGAAGUUCAUACAGACAAAAGAUGGCAUGUCACUGUACAUCAUACCUUGCAAUAAAUAUUCUGUUAAAUUGUG